AUGUCUCUGUUUGGGGCGAAGCCGCAGGCUCAGCCGUCGUCCACUGGACUCUUCGGCUCGUCUUCUGGGGGGGGAGGCGGUCUGUUUUCUUCUGCGUCUUCGGCCCCCCCUUCGUCUUCUCCGUCUCUCGGCCUUUUCUCUUCUACUUCUUCGUCGCUUGCCCCUUCCUCCUCGGCUCCCUCUUCGCUUUCGUCUCUCCCCCUCCACCAACAGCAGUAUGUGGAGGCGGUCAGCCGCCGCACCCAACAGACAGAGGCACUCUUGUCUGACCAGAACCGGUCCAUGGUGAAUUUUUUGUACCAGUUCGAUCCAGCGCAUGCAGCAAGUCACAAAAAUGCGGUGCUCGAGAACCAACUGCAAUCCUUUGCGCUUGAGAACCCCGUCGAGGGCUCUGCUCUCCUCACCAAGUGGCGGAAGGCGUCGUCGAGAAAUGCGGACCCGCAGAGCUGCCUCAUCGUUCCCGUCCGAGGCGUGCAGGAACUUUCCGCCAGAGUGAAGAUGGUGGCGCAGGCCACAGAACUCCUCGCAGAGACUCUCGGAACAGUUGCCAAAGACACCGAGAGACUGAUGGCACGAAACGACCAAAUGCGCGAAAAGCUGGACCUCGUGCGACAGCGACACACAUCUCUCGGCCACGAAUUCAUCAAAGUGGUCAAUUUGAUCGAAAAUGUGGCUGUUAGCCGAGGCGUGGCUGAAAAGAAUCCGCGAAGCGAGGCCGCCAAUGCACAGAUCCUUGCGUCGCUCGAGGAGGAGUUUCCGUGGGAAGAAUGGCAGCGUCGCAUCGAUCUCCUUCGCGUGUGGCUUCCAACACUGCACCGCACGAGCGCGACAGCCACGGGCUUCCCUUGCCCAUCAGUUGACGAAUCGGUGACCCCCGCUGCGGGGCUGGGCAAAGAGCAAGAAGAGAGCCUCGUGGAGAUUCUUUCCGCCCAAACCGAGGCCGUCGAGGCGACGACCCAGAGUCUAGCGAACACCGAACAAGACGUCGAGAGACUGGAGAGUGCCGUGAAGAGCCGCCGGAGAAAAGGGGCUAGGUGA